AUGGAAUGUCAGCGACUCACAAAUCUCAAACAGGACACAUCCUUGAUACAAAACCAGGGAUCGUCUGAGUCAAAAGCAGUGGCGAUAGUCAAAACCGAUCAACAACGCAAACCGCAGGUGAAAAACACAAAUAAAUCAAAGAAUCGACAAGGUAAGAAACAAAUAAAAAAUUCUUUACCUAACAAAGAUUCAAUGCCUUCAACACCAUGUUGGUUUUGCGGACAAUUACAUUAUUCUAAGUUUUGUACUUUCAAAAAUCAUAAAUGUCAAAAAUGUAAUACUGUCGGUCACAAAGACGGAUAUUGCGCUUCAACUCAGAGAGUCAAAACGAAAACAAUUAACGAAACGGCAAAUCAAAACGUCAAGACGAUUAAGGUCAAUCAAGUUAAUUCAAAUCUUACUCGCAAAUUUGUGAAUAUUUCGAUAAAUAAUCAACCAAUUAAACUGCAACUUGAUACGGGAUCAGAUAUUACCAUUAUAUCAGAAAAGAUUUGGUCUUUGUUGGGAAAGCCUAAAGGUUGUUCAACGUCUCAUGUCGCACGUGACGCGUCGGGAAAUCAGAUCAAUUUCAAUCAAGAAAUUAAUUGUGAAGUAACCUUGAACGGAGUUAUCAAACAACUACGAUGUUUCGUAACAGCAAAUUCGGAUCUCAACAUCAUGGGUCUCGAUUGGAUCGCAGCUUUCGAUUUAUGGCAAUGCAGUCUCAAUAGCUUCUGUUCCAAGAUCCAUUCUCAAGCAGAUUCGACGCACUUUGAUAUAUCCUUCAUUAAAGAAAAUUUUAAAGAGGUUUUUUCCUCUCAAUUAGGUCGCUGCACGAAAACUAAAGUCAAACUGAAUUUAAAAAAUAAUUCAAAACCUAUUUUCAGACCUAAGAGACCGGUUGCUUACGCAAUUUUACCUUUAGUCGACGCAGAGCUUACAAGACUGGAACAAAAUGGAAUCAUUUCACCAAUCAAGUAUUCAGACUGGGCAACUCCAAUAGUUGUAGUAAGAAAAAAAAAUGGAAAGAUUAGGAUCUGUCCGGAUUUCUCAACUGGACUUAACGAAUCAUUGGAACCUAAUCGUCAUCCACUUCCAUUACCAGAUGAAAUAUUUUCGCAACUGUCAAACUGUAAGUAUUUCAGCCAGUUAGAUUUGUCAGACGCAUUUCUUCAAAUUGAAAUAGAGGAGCAAUCAAGGCAUCUUCUAACAAUCAAUACUCACAGAGGUUUAUACGUUUAUAAUCGUUUACCUUUCGGAGUCACCAUAGCUCCAGGUGAAUUUCAAUCAAUCAUGGAUUCAAUGAUAUCUGGACUAGAAAACGUUUUUGCUUAUAUUGAUGAUAUUGUUGUGGGUGGAGCUACAGUUCAAGAGCAUAAUCAAAACUUAACUUAUUUAUUAGAGCGAAUAAAGGAUUAUGGUCUACAUCUGCAAAUAGAGAAAUGUUGUUUCUUUACUACACAGAUCAAUUAUCUGGGUUAUGUCAUCGAUGGACAAGGAUUACAUCCAGAUCCUACAAAAGUCGAAGCAAUUAAAAACAUGCCUGAACCACAUAAUUUAACUACAUUACGUUCGUUUUUAGGAGCAAUCAAUUAUUAUGCACGUUUCAUUUCAAAUAUGCACAUUCUUAGACGUCCUUUGGAUAAUCUUUUAAAAAAGGAUUCUAAAUGGAACUGGUCUCCAAAAUGUCAAGAAUCUUUUAAUCAAUUUAAGAGAAUUCUUUCUUCAAAGCUCUUAUUAACUCACUACAAUCCUCAGCAUGAGAUUAUUGUAGCAGCAGAUGCUUCAAAUGAAGGAUUAGGAGCAUGCAUUCUUCAUAAAUUUCCAGAUCAUUCGAUCAAGGCAAUCAGUCACGCCUCAAGGAGUCUCACAGAAGCAGAACGUAAAUACAGUCAAAUUGAAAAAGAGGCAUUAGCAAUCAUUUUCGCAGUCACGAAAUUUCAUAGAAUGAUUUUCGGAAGACGAUUCAUCCUUCAAACGGAUCACAAACCAUUACUUCAAAUAUUUGGUAACAAAAAAGGAAUUCCGUCGCAUACAGCCAACCGUCUUCAACGAUGGGCACUUCAAUUAUUAUCUUACGAUUUUAAAAUCGAAUACAUCAAGACAACAGAAUUUGGAUAUGCGGAUGUUUUAUCAAGACUAAUCAGUCAUCAACAACGUCCUGAAGAGGAUUUUGUAAUCGCUUCUGUCAAAAUGGAAACAGAUUUAUUCUCAGUCCUCAAUGAAUCACUUCAGUCCUUUCCAAUCACAUUUCAACAAAUCAAGGAAGCAACUAAAGAAGAUGACAUCUUACAAAAAGUUAUCAACUUUACUUUGAAUUCAUGGCCUCAGAAUGUAGAUGAUUCGGAUUUACAACCAUUUUUCCGCCGUCGAAACUCACUAACCGUGAUUCAAGAAUGUCUUCUUUUCAACGACAGAGUUGUAAUUCCUCAACAAUUCCAUCAACAAAUUCUCAAACAAUUGCAUAAGGGUCAUCCUGGAAUGGAGCGAAUGAAAAUCAUAGCACGUUCGUACGUAUAUUGGCCAAGGAUAGAUCAGCAAAUAGAAGAAUUUGUCAGAAAUUGCACACUCGCCGCGAAAUCACCUAUCAAGGUACCAUUGUCAAGCUGGUCUCUUCUUGAAAAACCAUGGCAAAGAGUUCACAUAGACUUCGCAGGACCGUUAAAUGGAGAAUAUUAUUUUGUUUUGGUCGAUGCCUUUUCAAAAUGGCCUGAAAUAGUUCCAACGCAAACAAUCACAGCUCAGCGAACUAUUGAUAUUCUUCAAGAAAUUUUUGCAAGAUUUGGUGUCCCUGAAAGUCUAGUUUCAGAUAAUGGAACUCAGUUCACUUCAGAAAAGUUUCAAAACUUUUGUCUUUUACAGGAAAUCAAUCAUCUGCAUACUCCACCGUUUCAUUCAAGUUCUAAUGGACAAGCAGAACGUUUCGUAGAUACAUUCAAACGGGCACUUUCAAAAUGCGAGACAGAGGGGAAAGAAGUCAAGGAACAUCUCUGCACUUUCUUGCAGUAUUACAGGUCAACUCCAAAUCCUAAUAUUCCAAAUCAAGUUUCUCCCGCGAAAGCCUUGCUUGGAAGACCAAUGCGAACAACGUUAGAUCUGCUUAAGCCCUCGGAAUGCUCAACUACUCAACCUGAGAAGCCUCUGCCUAAACAAAGGCAAGAAAAACAAUACAACCGGAGACACGCAGUCAAAUCCAAGAGUUUUGAACCAGGAACGAAAGUUUACGUUCAAAUCCACACUUACAAUAAAUGGUCUUGGAUCCCCGGAGAAGUAGUCGAAAAAGUUGGAAAAGUUAUCUACAAUGUACUUGUUGAAACACGAAGUCGUUUGGUUCGAGCUCAUGCGAAUCAAAUCAAGUUGCGCGCUAUCACGGACAAUGAUGACUCAUCUCAACAGCAAGAACUCCAACUACCACUAGAGAUAUUGAUAAACGCUUUCGAUGAUGGAGGAAAUUCCACUUCACCUCCAAUUCUAGAAGGCACCGGACAAGAACAGCUGCAACCUCAAGAACCGGCUGGAACGCAGGAUCCGGGAACACUAACACAAGAGUCCCAGGAUCUGGAUCAACAAACAGAAACUGUUCAGCAACCAGUGCUGAGACGCUCUCAACGCAACAGACGUCGUCCACGUAGGCUAGAAGAUUACUACUGUUACUCUUCCAGAUAG